AUGGCAGAUGAAUCGCCUGGUUGUAUAACAAAAAAUAUUAUUGCUAAAUUUUGUAUUGGACAUUAUUCAGAGAAAUUUAAAAAACCAAAUGAACAUGGGCAUACACAUAAAUGGUUACUUUUUGUGAGACAUAUUAAUAGAAGUGUUAUUAAAGAUAAAGAUUUUAUAUCAAAAGUAACGUAUAAAUUACAUCCAAGUUUUCCCGAUAAUAUUAGAAUUUUUAAAGAACCGCCUUUUGAGUUAUCCGAAACAGGAUAUGGUAGUUUUCCUUUGGAUGUUGAAAUAAAAUUUACGGGUAUCAAAAAAGUAUACAAUAUUAAAUAUCAAUUAGAAUUGACAUUAGGUGAACCAUUAGAGACAUUUAAAGAACAGAAUGUUAUGAUUUUAGAUCCAACACCUCAAUUUAUCGAAACAAUUUUAAAGAUUAAUGGUAUGAUGGAAAAGAAAAAACCUAUUAUGAUUACUAAAGAAUUUUCAAAAUUAAAUGAUGAUAUUUUAAAAAAUGUUAAUUCAUCAAAAAUUAACAAUUAUAAGAAUACAGGCAAAGAUGAACGACGCGUUAAAAAAUUAAAAGAAAAAGAUGAUGGUGAAUUAAUUGAUAAGAAGCAAAUUAAAAUAGGUAAUGAUAUUAGAAGUAAUUUAAUUAAAAGUUCUACAACCAAAAAAGAAAUUGAAAUAAAUUCAAAAUCUCCAAAAAAAAUGUUUACCACUGAUGACAGUAUUGACAAAACUUCAACCAAAAAUAAUUUAAAACUUAAUUCUUUAAAACAUUUGAUAAAUAAGGAACAAAAUAAAAAAGAUGGAAAAUCAACCAAAUUUCAAUCUAUCUCACCUCCAAAUAUUGAAGAUAAUAAAAAUGUCAUCAAAUAUGAUGGACAAAGUAAUUCUAGAUCUUCUUCAAGAAAUGAUUUUAAGGUAAAAAAUAAAUCUACAUACAUUUCUGAUGAUUCCCGUAGUAAUACACCAAUUGACUUUGACAGUGAAAAAAGAAAGCAAAAUUCAAAGAUGUUCUCUCAAAAGUUAUUUGCCGAUUUUGAUAAAUCAAAAAACAAGAUUUUAGAAAAAAUUCGUAGUGACCCUGAUAUGUUAAAAGAUAAUAAAAAAAGAAAAAGAAAGAGUGAUGACACUUCUAAUUUAACACCAAAAGGAUCUCCUUAUAAUGAUACUAAAGAUGUUGAUGUAAAACGAUCAAAACGUGAAAAUAGUUUAUCAUAUGGUACUAAAAAAACUUCAACAUUCAAAAAUGAAAAAUCUAGAAGAUAUAAUGAAGAUACUGAAACAUCAAGAAGCAUAACACCUCAAGAAAAAAAAACAUUUCAAAUUCAUGAUAAAAAUACAAAAAAUGAAAUUCCUUCUAAAAAAAAAGAUAUUCGUUAUGAGCAUGCAUUUGCUGAGAUGAUAAGUGACAGUGACUCAACAAUGUCCUCUCCUGACAAUUUAAAUAAUAAUUGUAUUAGUAAAAAUGCUUCAAAUUCAUCUGGUUCAAUCUCAAAAAGUUCCACCAAUCCAGACACAUCAUUAUUAUUAUUGUUGAAAUCAAAAAUUGCUUCAUUAGAAGAUCCUGAUAGUAUUUAUCAGGUGACAGAAACUAUUUUAAAAGUGGAUCCAAACUUAGUAAAAUUAGUUGAUGACCAAUUUUUAUUUGAUCUCACAAAUUUUCCAACAUCGUUAAUUAACUCUCUUUCGAAGAUAUUGCAAAUUAUCACAUGA